AUGAAACAACUGUAUAAUUACAUAGCGUCAGCAGAUGAUAAAUACCCUUUGUUUCGGACGAAGAUGGCUUUUAUGGGCGGUUACUGUGUUAGUUUUAUUGCUUGUGUGCUCGAAUAUGGCAGAGCGCAUAGACUAGGUUCGAGCCUAAAUAGUACGGGACUACAGUGUAUUAAAUACGUGCUCACUGGAACGUCUGCUGCAGUAUGUCACUCGUCUGUUUCCUUUAUAUCAGCAAAAGCUACAGGCCGAUCAGAUAGCUGGGUGAAUCAUGCACUUGGGGGAGCUGCUAGUGGUUUAGUCUGCACAUGGCAAUGUACAAUAAUUUUUUAUCUAAAUGAGAAAAUAUCUGUCAAGGGUAUGAUGGAUAUUAUCUUUCGUACGACUACGAACAUGACUUAUAUUCUUCUUUUAAUGAGUAAGUGUCUUUUCGAUUGAAAUGCAUAAGCCUAUAUUUGUACGUGAUAAUAUGCUGUUUAUAAAAAUAUGCUCUUUGAAAAUGUUCACGUUAAAUUUUUAAUAACAAUAAAUGAUGAACACA